UAGUACGUUCAGGUGAGCUGUCGCAGCGAGACACUGCGCAGAGCUAAAACAGCUCGCUAAUUAAUCGGUUUGCUAAUGCCAUAAUGACAUUACUGUGGAAGCUAAGAAUGGAGACUGUAAACUGGAUGUAUCUGUUGGAUCCCGAGGGAAUGCUGAAAAUUUUAGAACUGGCCCUUCUGUCAGCCGCUGUCGCAUGUACUGCUCAGUACCACAAGGAUGCAGAUAUAUCAAACCUGCCUGAAUGGCAAACAAACAGGUUAAACCUGUUCUAUGUAGUGUUUAUCACCGGUCUUGUGACUACUAUUUUCCUGUUUGUCAGCUUUCUGUUUAACUUGGAUAAGAGAUGUGGAUCACCAAAAGGAUUUACAUUUUUUGUGACCUUGUUCUCACUGACCUGGGCUGUAUUCUGUGCUGUUUCGUCAGGACUGUUCGGUGAAGUGGUGCUCAGUCUUCAGGAAGACAAAUGGGAUACAUCAAAGGAUGAGCGCAUUCAGUGGCGCUACCAACAUGCUCAAGCAGCUGUGGUAAAUAUUGUAGACCAAGGGCGUGGCAAAGGGAAAAUUAUUGGUUUUCUGUCUUUCCUGGCGUUUCUUGUUGACGGUAUACUUCACUAUCGAAUCACCAAGUCAACCCAGUGA